UCUCUCUCUCUCUCUCUCUCUCUCUAACUCUAAAUCUAUAUAUUUGAACACCUACCCCCAAAUCAUCUUUCACUCAUCAAAAACCAACCCAAUGGAACUCGCACAUUUCUUGUUCGGCAUUUUCGGGAAUGCGACUGCGUUGUUUCUUUUCUUGGCGCCUGUGAUAACAUUUCGAAGAAUCAUUGGGAGCAAAUCAACAGAGGACUUCUCAGGCGUCCCUUACGUCUCCACCCUACUCAACUGUCUCUUAGCUGCAUGGUACGGCCUCCCCUUUGUGUCACCUCACAACAUCUUGGUGAGCACCAUUAAUGGGGCUGGAGCUACUAUAGAGUUUGUCUUUGUCACAAUCUUCCUCAUCUAUGCAAAUCAGAAGAAGGUCAGGGUCAAAAUUUUUGGCCUCCUGUGCAUUGCCCUCUCUGUUUUCGCCCUCGUCGUGCUCAUCUCUCUCUUCGCGCUCCAUGGCCAGAGCCGGAAGCUCUUUUGUGGCCUUGCGGCCACCAUAUUCUCGAUAUGCAUGUACGCCUCUCCCCUCUCUGUCAUGAGGAUGGUGAUACGCACGAAGAGCGUGGAGUUCAUGCCUUUCUUUCUCUCUCUAUUCGUCUUCUUGUGCGGUACUUCGUGGUUCAUAUACGGCCUCAUCGGGCGUGACCCCUUUAUCUAUACUCCAAAUGGGUUCGGGUGCGCCCUAGGGACCAUACAGCUGAUACUGUACGCCAUAUAUAGAAAGAGGGGACCUAUGGAGGGGGAGGGGGAGGGGAAGGGGAAGGAGGGCGAAGCAUUGGAGAUGGGGUAUGCGAAGUCAGUUGAUGGGCAGCAGAACCAUGAUGCGACCAAGGUCUCUGCUUGAUUUUCUCGCUUUUCUUUCUUGCUUUAUUUUCUCUUUCUGCAUGCUGUUUGUUUUCUACUAGUGUAGUCACUAUCUAUCACUCCAGGUUCAAUUCAAUGAAACGGAAAAUCAAAAUAAAUCAAUCUCUCUCUCUCUC